GUCAACAACAAAAUGAAAUCACGAAAAACAUUAUAUCUGCGCGAUUAGAAAAUGAGACAAGCAGGAAUUUCAAAAUUCUUAGAGAAACGAUGAAAAUUAACUACAAUUUGGAUAAUCUAAAGUCACAUCUAGAGAACAUUUUUGAAUCAGUACAGCUUGCUAGAACCAAAGUCAUCCCAAAACAAAUAUUGUCAGUAGAAGAGUUAGGAUUUGUCUCAAACAUUUUGGAGCAGCAAAAUAUCAGACCGACUAGCAUAGAACAGAUUUAUGAGUUUUUAGAUUUGUCCGCGUUCUAUAAUAAUACAAGAUUAAUUUUCAUUAUUUCAAUCCCCAGAAUAGACAACACAACAUACGUUGAAUUUUUAUUAGAACCUCUUUUAGUUUCAAACAAGACUUUAAAACUUCCAGCCAAUGUUGCUUUGCAUAAUGGUAACAAAACCUACUUCACCAAGGAGAAAUGCCGAAGGAUCGGAGUAACCAAACUCUGCAGUCUCGACAAACUAGUAGACAUCACCGGAGACUCGUGUUAUUCCAAGCUACUGAAAGGGCUAUCCGGUAACUGCACCUUCACUAAGUACCACCAACCUCGGGCAGUAAAAAGGAUUACAGACAACCACAUUGUAAUCACAGAUGUACGAAACAUGGAGAUCGAUUCGAACUGUGGUUUGACCAGAAGGAAUUUAUCUGGAACGUAUCUAAUAGAGUUCCACAACUGUUCUGUUAUGAUAAACGGUACAAAGUACAGUAAUGCCGAGUCAUAUAGAAUGGAACCUGCACUGGUAAUGUCAUUGGACGGUUUGCACAUCAACCAACAGACCCUGGAGACCCAACCAAAUAUUGAUGAAAUCCAUAUUAGAAAUAGGCACCAGCUGGAAACAAUAACGAAACAACAUAAAAUUCAGACAUACACCUCGCUAAGUAUGUCAACUCUCUGUUUCCUUUUAAGUAUUUUUGCAGGCCUUCUAUGGAUAGUCAAGAGACGAAAACAAAUAUCUCUUUAUCUAGGAUCAUCCACGGAGUCCAACGUGAACCCGAAGGACCAACCAAGCAGAACCGAGGUCAACCCAACGAAUCGGGACGAUUCGUCUCCAAAAGGGGGAGUAGUUAAGAUCGAACCCUCCUGGACAUUCCCCAUGAAAAGCAUCGCCUUCACACCGAUGCUCAUGGCAACAACAACAACGACAACACCGACGACGACGACGGCGAUGCCAGCCCGUUCAACCUCGAGCCCGCAAGCCGCAAACAUCAGCAGUUCUGCCCCUAGCACCCAGAAGUAGAACGGACGCACCUAGCCAGGUCAGCAAGCCCGGCAGCCACCGAUGUCACCAAGUGGACGGACCCACCGACGGACCACAUCAGCAGGUUUAUGCCAAGCAACAGCAACAUGGCAAUCACUUCCUGUAUUUUUCAUAAUAAGCACUUUCUUGAUAGGUUUCAUUUGAAUUGAAAGACAAUAAAGAAUUAUUACUUUUCCGGACGUCAAGUCGAA